AGAAGAUCGAGAAGGAAAGAAAGAGAAAGAGAAGCCAUGGAAGAAGAAGCAGCAGCAUGCGACAUAGGACUGAGUCUUGGACUAGGCCACCGGGGAGAAUUCGUGCCGAGGCGUAACCGGCAGAAGCCUGCCGCUCCCGCCCAGUUCUAUGCCUGCUUGUUCCCAUCUGAUCAGCCCAAGGAGGAAAUCAUAGAAGAAAAAGUUUAUGUAGAUCGAUCUGGUUUGAAGAGAAUCGAAGAAGUAGAUGAUCAUCACAAUAACAAUAGCACUAGUAACAACAGCAGCAGCAGCCACACCACCACAAACGACGAUAGCAAUAACAAGAAUAAGAUGAGAAAGAAACUCAGGCUUACAAAWGAACAAUCUAUGUUGCUCGAGGACAGCUUCAAGCAGAAUAGAACCCUUAAUACGGCCCAGAAGCAGGAAUUGGCUGAGCAACUGAAUCUGCAGCCACGACAGGUUGAAGUUUGGUUUCAGAACAGAAGAGCGAGGACGAAGUUGAAACAAACAGAGAUAGACUGUGAAUUCUUGAAGAAAUGCUACCAGACUCUCAGCGAUGAGAAUCGGAGGUUGAAGAAGGAAAUACAGGAACUGAGAUCAACCAAUCUUAAUACGUCUCCGUUCUAUAUUCAACUUCCGAAGGUGGCCACACUGGCAAUUUGUCCGUCUUGUGAGAGGAUAGCCAAGGCCGGUGAAGGAAAGAACGAUGCCUGAGUGAAAGUUGUACAGUGGGAUUGAUGAUUCCCUUGACAUGUUGAAAGAGAUCUAGUCUAUAACUAGUACUGAAUCUCUAUU